AUGAAACCUUUAAAGUUUAUAAAUUUAACAUUAUUUGUCUACAUUUUUACAUUUAGCACAAAUCUUGUCGUCGAAUCUUCACUCAAUAAAAUUGCACCAAGUAUCUGCAAAAUCAUAAAUGAAAUCACAAGCUCAACAACUGAUACACAGGAUAUCCUUAUUGGCAAUUUAGGAGGUCAGUCAUGGUCAACGACAGUAAACGAUAUUGUCAAGUGUAUUGAUGAUGAAACUGCUGUGGUAAUAUCAGACUUCAAGACUAAACUCACAGAUGACAAAUUGAGGAAAGCUUCGAUAGUGAUUUUGGCUGUUAAUUGGUUUAGUCAAGAUUCAAUAUUUAGCAUGGUUGUAGAUCAUUAUUUAUCAACAGUUUGGCACUACAUGGCUAAGGUCAUAUUUAUCGCACCGGGUACAUUUUCCUAUGAUUAUUAUGCUUAUUAUCUUCAACAAUUCUCAAAAUAUGGAUUCUUAAAUGUCGUCAUUGCCUUUGAAGAUGAAUUUAGCUUUAAAUUAAUAACUUUGGAUUCAAUCACUGGCAAUAAGAUGCUUAUCAGUGAAGAUACAUACAGUCAGUUUUUAUUAAUUGACAGACUUAAGGUCAUGCAGGGAUUUGAGUACAAAAUUAUAGUUUAUGAGCAGCAACCGAGAGUCAUGAUGUCAAGAGAAGUUUUUUCUCAUUUAUUAUUUUUUCUGUAUAUUAUUAGGGAUGUCCAGAACUCUAAUAUCCGCAUUCUUUUUAUCCGUGAUCACUCGAAAGUAGAGCAUUAUUGGUCCAAUCGACAUAUGCAUCUUACAGUCAACACAGCCGUUACUUUGAAUAGUACUGAUCCAAAAUUGCUAACUUACGAAGUCAAUGGCUAUUGUGCAUUGAUUCCUUUACCACCAAAAUUUCCAAUGUUCGAUUUUAUUUUUAUCAAACCUUUCGAUGGACUCACUUGGAUGUUCCUUGCAAUCUCGAUUGUCAGCUGUGUUGUUGUUUUCUCAAUGUUUCGUGGUCGUGGUGCUGUUGGCUCUCCCUGGUUGCUGGGUUAUGGAAUGUUUGUGUAUUUUAUUGGUCAAGGUGUCGAUUUCUCACGUCGGAACCGAGCAGUUCUGACAAUUCUGAUCCAGUUGAUCAUUCUGAUGAUCUUUGUCCUUAGCAAUGCAUACGAGGGUGUCAUUACGUCAUUUAUGAUUCAGCCAAUGCAGGAAAAUCGUCUUAAAACUGUCGAAGAUCUCCUUUCAUCUGAUUUUGAGAUUUUGACAGAUGAAGCAUUUGAUUAUAUGGUCAGAGAUUCAGCUGAAUUUCAGGCUAUUAGGUCAAGAAUAAAAAUAGCAGGACAAGAAGUAAAAGAUCAAUUUGACAAUUUUAUAAUGCAACAAGCUUUAGUUUUCAUAAGACCUUGUGACAUAGCUGAAUAUGAGUUGAGUCUUAAACUAAAAAAUGGAAAAUCAAAGUCUGAGUAUUACUACAAAUUACCGGAAGUACUAUCACCAAGAUAUGUCCAGUUGGAAGCGGGUCCCCUAAAUCCAUUUAUUGAAAGAUUUCAAUACUACAUGGAUUUAUGCUUUCAAGCGGGACUGCCUCAUUUGUGGAAAAUCAUUACUGAAAAAGAUUAUUUCAAGAAAAUUAAGACGGCGAAAUCUGAUACAGUUGAAUAUUUAAAGAUUCAGGAUCUUUAUCAAGUCUUUAGCGUUCUAAUAAUUGGUUACAUUUUGUCAGCUCUUGUGCUGCUCGUUGAAGUCUUCAUUCAUGAUUGCUUCAAAAGCUUACAGCUACGCUUUUUAGCUAACAAGUUGAAGAAUCGAGUCAAUCAGAUUGCAUAUAAGAAGAAGCCAAAGGAUCUGAACUAUCAGAGAGCUGUUGUGGUUACAGAUUUUAAAGUCAAAAUCACUGAAGAACGUUUAAGGAAGGCAUCUUUAGUGAUUUUGACUUUUGAGUUGCUAACACGGGGAGGCUUUAAGAGGCUCUGGGAGCCACUGGGUAGCUCUGAGAAUGACUGGGAUACACUAGGAGCCACUGGGAGGCUCUGUUAUGGAUUCUUAAAUGUUGUUAUUGCGGUUGAAACGAAGCCAGAUUUAAUUAAAUUUAUGUCAAUUUACUCGUUAGCUGCAAACUCAAUUCAAGUUACUUCUACACUAGACGCUUAUCUUCUUUUUCCUGAUAAACUUAAAGACAUGAAAGGUUUCACAUACGAUAUUGUCAUUUACGAGCAAAUACCACGAAUUGCUAUGCACAAGGAAGUGUUUUCUCACUUGCUACUUUUCCUCGAUGUUCUACAAAGUGCCCAAAACUCAAAAUCCCGACUACUUUAUCUUCCUGAUCUUUCAUGGUUUGAAAAUUACUGGAUUAAUCGACGAAUGCAUUUGACAUUAAAUACUGCAAUUGUGAUUACUGAUUCCGGAGCCGAAACUUAUGACAUACGAAGAAGAUGGAUACUCAAUGCAUACGAGGGUGGGAUUAUAUCUUUCAUGAUUCAGCCAAUGCAGAAAAAUCGUCAUAAGACUGUUGAUGAUUUUAUAGCUUCUGAUUAUGAGAUUUUGACAGAUGAAGUAUUCGAAUUUAAAGUCAAAGAAGAUGACAGAUUUAAUGCAUUAAAGUCACGUAUGAAGAUAGUAAAAAAAUUAGACUUAGAUGUGUAUUUGAAAGAGUUUAUGAGGCAGCAUUAUGUCUUCGUUAAGAACUGUGAUUUAGCUGAAGUUGAGUUACAAUAUUUACUACCAAAUGGACAACGAAGUAGGAACUAUUAUUAUUUUUUACCGGAAAAGAUUUUAUGGCACUAUGUUCAACUUGAAGCUAGCUAUAUGAAUCCUUAUCUUGAGAGAUUUCAAUAUUACAUGGAUUUAUGCUUUCAAGCUGGUCUACCACAUGCUUGGAGAAUCGUUGUUGCUCAAGACUUUUAUAAGAAGUUCAGCAUUGUUUACUCAAAUAAAGCUGAGUACUUGGAACUUAAAGAUCUUUAUCAAUUCUUUGGUAUGAUUGCCAUUAGCUUUGGUUUAUCAUUUUUAUUGCUGCUCAUUGAAAUUGUUUUUCAUGACUGCCUAAAGAACUUACAGCUUCGUUAUCUUGGUCAUAAAUUGAAAAAUCGAGUCAAUAAGAUGCCAUAUAAGAGAAGGAUAGUUGAUCCAAAAUAUCAGAGAGGUGCUAUGUACUACAUCAUUCAUAGACACCAGAAAGUCAAGCGAUUGAAGCAAAAGAGAUUGAGAGUUCGACAGAUUUUCGUUCAGCCUAGACGUUGGAAUGAAUAA